CCCCUCCGUUAAACUCGUCUCUCAAUACUUUCUAGCACUACUAGUCGUUGACCAUGGAUGUCUCUGCCAUUGUGAAAGCUCUCAAUGACGCUUCUGCAAAUCUUGCUUCUACGACGGAGGCUGACAAGGCUCAACUCUUUGAAGCGUGUACCAAUCUCGUCGAGGCACACCAGCCUUUCGACCAAAAACUAAUGAACUUGUUAUUCGCGCCGUUGAGAUCAAUCGCUCUCCGCCUCGCGAUUGAUAUGCGCCUCUUCGACGUAUGCGCACCAACUGCGGCAAAGGAGAAUGUGACAUUAGAGCAACUGAGUAGUGAAACAAAGUGCGAGGCACUGCUGAUUAAAAGAGUCAUGCGUGUCCUCAUUGACAUGAAGAUUUUCAACGAGAUUGGACAAGACGUCUUUCAACCCACGCCGGCUGCUGCCCUCUACCAGUAUGAUUCGCCAAUGGCCCAGAUCAUCAUCCAUUGGACCCUGCACAUGAUCCAGAUAGCCAAGCUUCCUGAUUACUUUGCUGAAAAGGGGUAUCAAAGUCCCACUGACUCCAUGGACUGCCCAUUUCAGCACGCAAUGGGAACCAAACUACAUAAUUUUGACUGGAUAGCAGCAGACCCAAAGCUCCAACAUGCCUUCAAUGUCAUGAUGUCCAUUCGAACUCAGCGUAGUAUUGAUUCUAAAUGGUUCGAAGUAUUCCCGAUCGAGCGACUAAUGGCCGAAGAACCCGCUCCAGAGGUCUUUCUGGUUGACAUUGGUGGAGGCACCGGCCACCAAACGAUCGACUUUAAAGAACACCACCCAGAAGUCCGACGCAUGAUUGUCCAGGAUAUUGCCCCGGUCAUUAACAGCAUCAAGUCUCUUCCACCGGGCAUCGAGGCUAUGGUAUCUGACUUUUUCAAGCCACAGCCGAUUAGGAGUGCCAAGGUCUACUUCCUUGCUCAUGUCCUACACGACUGGCCAGACAAACAAGCCAAAAUCAUCCUCGAGCAGGUGCGCGACGCAAUGGGGCCGGAUUCGGUUGUUCUUUUGAGCGAGACCAUCAUGCCCGAACGCGGUGCCUCGUUCAUUGCUGCGGGAAUGGACAUCACCAUGAUGGCAGCGUACGCAUCCCUCGAGCGAACUGAGAAGCAGUUUCGUGAACUCCUGAUCGAAUCAGGAUUGGAACUGGUCAAAGUCUGGAGCGAGCAGAAGUCGGAGAAGCAUGGCGCAUCGAUGCUUGGACAGUCGGUUCUUGAAGCGCGACUAAAGCGAUAGACUUACUUAUUAGCUUGUAACAUAGUUUGAAUAGAUCUCAG